AUGCAAAGUUCAUCAGAAGCUCAAGUUUCUGUUAAUCAAUUUUAUACUAAUAGUGAAUCUCUAGCUCAACAUACAGUUGCUUACACCGAUGACGAUGAGAAUGCUCUCAUGUUGAAGAAGCUCAAUGCAACAGAGAUCAGGGAAUUCUUUGAAAUAGACGAAACGAUUGAAUGGAUCAAGCGUCAAUCAUUAACACGAUUAGCUUUACAGUUCCCAGACUCUUUCCUUCCUUAUUCAGCCCUUGUAAGUAACUUAUUAGAAGAAGCAACCGAAGUCAAAACUUUCAUAUUAGCCGAUACUUCAUAUAAAAGCUGUUGUGUUGAUCAAGUCGCUGCUGCUCAUGCCAAUUGUGACUCCAUUGUUCACUAUGGUGAAGCUUGUUUGAGUAACAUUGACUCAAGUAUGAAUAUCAGAUUCGUGUUAGGCCGUAUUCCUUGUGAUGAAAACAGAGUUAUCAGUUUGAUAUCCAAAGAACUCAAAGAAGCCACGACGGAUUAUGUGAUUCUCUCUGAAACACAUUACGAUCAUUGUCUCGAAGACAUAGCUAAGCUUCUCCGAGUCGACACAACUUCCAAUGUUACCGUAAUGCACACGAUAUUAUCCGACGAGGAACUUGAUGAGCAUCAUAUGAAAGUUCUUGGCCGGAAUGUUCCUAAUUCUUUUCUUGAUCUCGAAAGCUAUUCAGCUAUUUUCAUAGGAUCUCCGUCCAGUUCCUUUUUGGCUCUAUGGCUUCUCACUUAUCCUCAAUGUAAUGGAUUAGCCGUGUAUAAUCCCCAGAAUGAUACCUAUGACGAGCCUCGACCAUCGUCGUUGAAAUUAUUGAGGAAGCGAUUAUUUCUGAUUGAGAAAUUCAAAGAUGCUUCGACUAUCGGGAUUGUUGUUAACUGUGUCGGAUUACGGAAGGAUCAAGAUGCGAUUAAUCGGCUUAUGCAGUUAGCGAAAGGGGUAGGCAAGAGAGCCUAUAUCCUUACUGUCGGCAAGAUAAAUGUUCCCAAAUUGGCUAAUUUCGCAGCGGAGGUGGAUGCCUAUGUGCUACUUUCCUGUCCUUUUGGAGUCGUACUAGAUACAUCCGAGUUCUACCGUCCUAUCGUUUCCAUGUUCGAAGCAGAAGUAGCGUUCAAUCCUAAUUGUAAUUGGUCUGCUUACAAAGGAUGGACAGCUGAGUUUGAAACAUUUUUGAAAGAUGAGAUUGGAGAAAGAGAUCCUGAAGAAACGGAUGUUAGUCUUAUAACGGGUACGAUCAGAAACGUGAACGUGUCAUCAACCACAGGUUCUCAAGAUGUCGUUCUACAUUCCGCAGGAGAUAACUUCAAACAGCGAACAUGGCGGGGACUAGACGACAGUAUGCAGACGGAUGAAUCUACAGCCAUUCAAGACGGUCGUCGAGGAAUAGCUUCAUCAUACGUGAAUGAAAAAACAUUGUGA